AUGGGAGACAACGGGAUGUUUGUACCAGUUCAGCUUGUCGAUCACAAUGCAUAUGAUCAGAGAUCGGAGAUUGGGAUGCCAGAAAAUUUGAUGUGUGUUCCAUCACACGUUUCAUGCAUGGGCACUGGCGUUGUGCCCGCAGAUCAGAUCAGUUCUACUCCUCCUCCUCCUCCCCUAUUGCCCAGCACCCAAAGAAUAGGAAUGGCUCCUACUCUGCUACCUCCACCGCCCAGCGUCUACUCUCAAAUGCUUGCAGAGUCAUUUCACAAGCUGCAGGAGGAGGCCAUUCGAGAGUCAGCCAUGAAGGCGAACUCAAGGCCACAACAACAGCAGCUACCACCUCAGCCUCACGUCCACUACGUGAUGCCAAGGAAGAAGCAAGGAGGGCAGAUGCCUUCCAGCAAGGAGAUUGUGGCUCUCAGUUAUGCUAAGAUCUGCAGCUUGUUCCAUCUCCGUCAGAUUGAAGCUGCCAGGGAGCUUGGAAUAUCUCUCUCGGCGUUGAAGACAGCGUGCAGGGCCCUGGGAAUCUUCAAGUGGCCGAACAAUCGGAACUCAGACGCUGCGAAUGAAAGCAAGGCGAAGCAGGACAAGAACGAGAAGACAAGAGAAAAUAAGAAGCCAAGGACGCGGCAAGACAGGGGAGGGUCCGGCCCUCCCAGCCCUCCCAGCCCUCCCAGCUUGCUGGAGGCUAUCGAGAUCCCCGAGGUAUGGGAGGCGUCGAGCUCGUCUUCGCUGCCAUCAGCGGCUGAGCCCGCCUCGAUGGAGCAACCCGUGGAGGAGCAGGAGGACUUGUUGAGACUGGAAGACUUGAAGUCGUUGGAGAGCGAAGUAGGAGCAAGGAGGUUCAGCCUGAGGGACAACGGGAGCAGCACGUGCUUGGAGCAGGACGGCAGCCCAUCGCAGUCGUUCGACCUAGCUAGUUGUUCAGGCAGCGGAGACUUGGACAAGCGGUCGCGGGAGGGCAGCAUGCCGAUAUUGAACUCUUUCUCGGGGGAAGAGGAGAUAGAAAAUCUCUCGGGAGAUACAAAGUGGAUGGACUGGUUUGUGAAUCAUCCCUUGUACAGGAGCCCUUGA